AUGAAGGUGUUCUGUAAGGCCUUGGUCUUUCUCUUCCGGCGGAUGCAACAAAGUGGUGACGAGGAUGGGAUUGGACAAGAACUGAAGACGGCAAUGGCUCUCAGCAAGCUACCGGAAUUCGCUCCCGGCAGCGGCAGCUUCGACGUGUUCGUCGAAAGAUUCGAGCUCUACACCACAGUCAAUGAGAUCGCCGAGGCCAAGAAACAACAUCUAUUCUUGAGCGCCAUCGGAGAAGAAGCAUACGUAACGCUCCGAAGUCUGCUACUACCCAAGACGCCGAGCACGUCGUCAUACCCGGAAGUCGUGUCGGCGCUGAAGAAGCACUAUUCUCCGAGGCGGUCAGUGGCGCGAUCAGUGCCGUAUGCGCUACGCGAAGAAGUCGAGCAGGAAUUGGCAAACUUAGAAAAAGCUGGAGUCAUUUACCGGGUGCGGCACAGUGCGUGGGCGACACCUCUGGUGAUCGUGCCCAAGAAAAAUGGCCUGGAGCUUCGGCUAUGUGGUGACUACCGUGUCACAGUAAAUCUUGCCAUUGAGGUAGACCAGUACCUGCUCCCUCUGACAGAAAAUAUUUUUGCAACUUUACAUGGUGGAACUGUCUUUUCGGUUCUGGACUUGUCCAAGGCGUACUUACAGCUCGAAUUGGAUGAGCGAGCACAAGAACUGCUCACUGUCAAUACCCACCUGGGGCUGUUCAGGUUCCGGCGCUUGCCAUACGGCGUAGCCUGUGCACCGGCGGUGUUCCAGGCCGUGAUGGAUCAGAUCCUACACGGCCUCUCAGGAACGACCUGUUACUUAGAUGACGUUGUCAUCGCAGGCGCAGAUAGAAAGCAAUGCCAUGACAGGUUAGAGCAGGUGCUCAUACGCCUAAGAGAACAUGGCAUACGGGUCAACACUGAGAAGUGUAAGCUGUUCCAAGAACGAAUCAGAUACCUGGGUCAUGAAGUUGACCAGAAUGGGUUGCAUCCUACGGCGGAUAAAGUAGCUGCCAUCAAGCAGGCGCCAAAACCGGACAACGUGACUCAGUUCAAAGCCUUUUUGGGCUUGCAUGGCUUCUACCUGCCGCACAAGAUCUUGGACAUAAGUCAUCUUGUGCGCAUUUUUCCAAGCUUCAUACUGAGAAACUGCUAG